AUGAUGACCCUCUUCAUCGAUCUUCAGGGCUUUUACGACGGCAUACGCUGGCAGCGCGUGCUAGGGCAGGGCUUAGACCAGGGCUUCCCAGCCCCAGCUCCAAAAAGAUUUGGGGAUAGAUUCUGCUGGUGCCCGAAGAAGGCCAGGGUGCGUGUCCUGCGUACCAGCCCUUUUGCGGCAGCCAUGUAUGGGCAUGAGGCACAGGGCAUAGCACCAAAGCGCCUCAAGGCCGAAGCAAUCAUCAGGUGUGCGCUGGCACAUGGGCCAGAAGGUCGCACUUUGAUGCUACAGGCAUGGCGGCCGUUGUGGCAACGCCAGUCUCAAACGCGUUAUGGCUGGCAGAAGGUGUCCGGACCUCUUCAGUACUUGCAAGACCUGGAUGUGGAUGCCCAGGAUCCUUUGUGCUGGAAGUGGGAAGAUCAGACGCUAGAGCUGUCCACGGACGACCCCUGCCUACAGGGCAAGGUCCGCGCCUUUAUGGCGCAGGUGGUAGCAGCCUGGAGAACACGACGCUUCAGCAAAGCACAGUCGGCAGCAGGGGCCGAAGGCGGCGUGGAUUGGGCAGUUGCGCGGAUGCUCCCCAAGCGCUAUGUCCAGGCGACUGCAACGCAUCACAUCCAUCGGGACGGCAUCUUUGCAGAAGAGAGCCCGAUUUGGGGUCAGUUUGUGUACGCGACAAACGCUUCAGGAGGGCGCUACACCCGGGACCAUAGAUUGAGGAACGUAGGCUGGGCCGUCAUUGCGGCCACCUGGGGACCGCAGGGCCUACAAAAAGUGGGCACCCUCUCUGGAGUGCUUAUGCCCUCCGCGGUGUCAGCAGGGGAGUCCGAAGCAAUCAUUGCUCUCCUGAAGUUGGUUAAUGAGGAGGUGGAUAUAACGACUGACAGUCGUGUUGCGGUGAGACACCUGAAGAGCGAAAAUUUCACCAAAAGCAUGUACUUGUCUUGGGGCCAGGUUUGGGACUCCCGGCACCUAGGUCGCACCACAUGGAUACGAUCGCAUACGACACAUGAUGGGUUUGUGCAGGAGUUUGGCGAGCAGAGCAUUUGGAGAAGGACUCUGAAUGCCUGGGCGGACCAAGAAGCAGACCGGCGCGCCAAUGAGGCACAACCACUCAGUAGAGCGGUCAAGAUCCAGUACCUCGAUAGGGCGGUGGCACAUGUGAUUCAUCACCUGGCCCAGAGGGUAGAGGCAGCCAUGGACCACACGGACAAGGCCUUGGUGAAGAAAACCAUAGCCAAGAGACGCCAGCAAGCACAGGCUCAGGUCAAAGCUUUCAACACAAACUUCACCAUGAAGUGCAAGGCUGUGUGUGGCAAUGUCGCGGCUGUGGUCGCCAGGGCACACCAAGCACUGCCCGAAAGCCAAGCAGGGUCAGUUGAUCAGACCGAAACAAGCUCCCAGGUCUCAGGGUCUCCCCGGCCACAGGGCCAGGGUGCAGUGCAGCAAACUCUGAAAGGCAAAAAGUGCCUCCAAGGCUGGACCCACGGGGUCCAUCAGGUGGAUUUCGUGAAGAUAGCCUGGCCAAACAAGGAGAGAGGUGUGUGCUUCCUGGCCUUCUGGCAGAGGGCAGAGGUGCUUUCUGCGAAGCAGCAGGGCACAAGUCCAACGGAGCGCUCCAAGCAGUGGUGUGCGUGUGCUUGCGGCUAUGGCUGGGCGUGGCACCAGCAGGUAGCCAGCGGAGAAGACACGCACUGUGCCAUCUGUGGCAGGAGUUGGGCGAAGCAGAUCGCCAAGAAGAAGAAGGAAAAGGAAGCCAGAGCCGAGCAAAGAUCCUGGGUGGUGCCAGGAUGGCCCACUUGGGCAGGCCCCAAGGGUAGAGGCAACAAAGGCCAGAAGGCGGAACUAGGGAAGGUCAGUUCGGCCUUGGCAGACGUCUGGCAGGAUCUGUCAGAUGUCACUCAGAAGGCCUUGGCGCGAGCAGGGUGCAAGCCGCCAAGGUUCCAUGACACAGCAGUACCAGGCUGCUCGCAUGGUGUAUAUGAUAGUGGAGCUGGCGACCAUGUGCAAAAACUUCUUGCAGCAGCACGCAUUCCGCCGCCUGGUGAUGAGAACUUGGAGCCAAUAGAGGUGACACUAGGGCAACGCCUGACUUGGGUGGUGACCGAGUUUCGUAAGUCUACGAACCAGAUGCAAAAGCUGGUAAAGAAGCGAGCACUGUUGCAGGCCAGAGCACACAGCCUCCAGGAAGAACUGGAAGCCCUGAUGAUGGAUGUCGCGCAGGUUGGACGCGAAAUCGAGACUAAGGACGCGGAAAUGCAAGACACGGCGCGCGAGUUCAAAGAACUGACAGAGGGCAAGGCCACAACUGCAUAUGGGCAGUUAGAGCAGGUUUUGAAGGAUGCUGGUCACGACUUGGCAGAAGGGACAAAGGCGAAGCUGAAAGCGGCUCUUUUGACGAAGGCGGCUGAAGACGAGAUUUGCCCAGAUCCUUUUUGA